UUAGCUAAUUUUCCAUUCAGUUAGUUUAACACCAUGAGAUAUGUAAGAAACACUCUAAAUACAUUGGUUAACAGUUUUGCUGGGGGAACACCCAUAGAAAAGAACCCCUUGAUAGUAGACUAUUUGUUUUAGUGCUCCUGGAAGAACAAUUAAUUGAAUGUCUAUAUAUAAAUGAUUGAAACAGGAAGAAGGAGAAAAAAAGCAACAAAAAAGGGAAGUAGGGAGGAGACAGAAAUAGCAUAUGAGAGAGGUAUUAGUUAGUGGUUCUAUGUUUUAUACUGCUAGGCUGUACAUUUCUAUCUCAAUGUUAUUUAGAAAGGGGAAACAAGUAUACACAUUUUAGAUAGAGACGAUCAUUCAAACAGGAAAUAUUAAACAACCAAAAAAAGUAUUAAAAACAAAACAAAAACAAAUUGACAAAAUGCACAUAUUUAGGGGAAUGACAUGGAGAUAGAUAUCUUGUGUUGACAGUGAUGAGCUUUGGAGUAGUAAGCUAUUGUAUAAGGACAUAGAAAGUAUCAAAGAAUUUACACUGGAACAGAGAUAAUUCCAAAGAAAAAUAUAAGAUAUAUUUUCAGUGAAUCACUAGAAAUAGGGAAAAUACUAUCACUAUAAGCAGGGAAUAUACCACAUUAUUCUGUUUUAGAUAUAUUCUUGAUUCAGUCUACAACAACACCAAGUGACUAAGUAACUACUUUCUAAACCACCUUGAAGUCAGUCAAUUAAUACUCACACCAACAUGUUCAUCAACACAAUAAUUAUUGGCCUCCUUAUCUUCUUGCAAACUUUCCACAAAGGCUGGGAUACAGAUGCAGCAGCCCACAAUCCCAUUAUAAAGAAGAAAAGUAAAUCAGCUUCCGUUAGGAGCACUAAGUGUGCGUACACAAUAGUGGUUAAUGAAGUAGAUGCUUCUCAGUGUCCAGUGAUGACACAACCAGUGCAGUCGGACCAUACAGUAAAUGGAAAAACUCAGAAAAAAUCAACAGUGUCCUCAAGUGAGGUGCAUGGUUUAACUUCAAAGAUCCAUAGUGUAGAAACUACCCUGUUAGGUGAAAUUGUCAAAAACCGCGAACUAAACACAACACUGACUCAGCAUAGUAUCAUGCUAGAAAAGGCAGAGGACCGGUUCCUGAAGUACCAAAACAACUUCACGUCGCUUUUCCGAGCCAUCAUGUUUAUGGAACAGAAAAUCCGAAAACAGAAGGAAAUUAGUCGCAACUUGGACAACAAGCUGUCUAACAUAAUGCUUGAUGUUGUGGAAGUGAACAAUGUACUUUCACGGAAAACUCCGGGCCCAGGAACAAGUCUCAAAGACAAACAAAUCAAAGUAGAAAGUGCAGCACAUGUAAGACAAUGUGGAAUUACUGACGACACAGAAAUUUUCCAAGAUUGCAAAGAUGUAUAUGAGCGAGGUCAUACAGACAGCAGUGUUUACUACAUAAAGCCUACUUACUCCUCUUGCCCCAUCCCUGUAUGGUGUGACAUGGACACCCCACCAGGAGGAUGGUUAGUCAUUCAGAGACGACUGGAUGGUAAAUUGUCAUUUAACCAAGACUGGAAAACUUACAAAGAUGGAUUUGGUGAUGUAAUACGAGAACUCUGGCUUGGUAAUGACAAUAUUUUUUUGCUGACAAAUCAAGCACAUUACCAACUGCGUAUUGAUUUGUGGGACUUUCAAGGAAACCGUGUUUAUGCAAUAUAUGAAACCUUCAAGAUAGAUGGUGAACGGGACAGUUAUAAAUUAAACAUAGGCAAAUACAAAGGCAGUGCAAAAGAUAGCUUCGGUAAACACAAUGGACUUCUGUUUAGUACAUCAGAUAAAGACAAUGAUAAAUGGAGCCAAUAUCACUGUGCUAAAGAAUGGGAGGCUGGGUGGUGGUUUACUAACUGUUGGUUUGCUAUUCUCAAUGGACCCUACUAUGAGAAAGCUAAUGUAAGCUACCGGGGUAUAUCAUGGAAUGAAUGGAAACAUGAGCAACUGAAGAAAACGGAAAUGAAAAUACAACCGUUUAAAUCAUAACUUAAAUUAGAUUGUUUAAUACAAAAAUAUAAAAUAAAAUUAUAUAAUACUUUGUUGA